AAUCCAGCGUAAACUUUGCCUGUAAUUUCUCAAAAAAAUUCAACGGUUUACAUGAGGGUGAAAAUAGCAGAGAUUAUUUUUGUUUUCACCAAAACACACUAGUUCUAGGUCACCGCAUUAAAACAACAUGAAGAGUAUGAAUUAAAUGAUUAUUUCUGAAGUUGUGAGAAUACCUCGGCAUGCUUUUCAAAAGGAAGAUAUUCCAUCUUCAAAUCUUUGCUCUGGAGCAAAGCAAGAACGAUGAAAUCAGGAAUAGCAAGUAUUCCCCACUGAAGGGACUCCUGUUCGCAACUAUAGCCUCUAUUUCCUAUUCAGCAUAUGCCGUUAUAGUAAAAUCAAUUGCGAACAUCCAUCCAGCACAAUUAGCACUGUACCAGUUCAUCGGUUUAUUUAUUAUGUGCAUGCCUGAGACUGUAAAAUGCGGACAGAACCCAUUUGGACCAAAAGAUAUGCGCAUUUUUCUUAUUCUCAGAGGAAUCUUAGGAGGAAUUAGCAUUUUUCUAAGCUGCAUGGCCUAUCGCUACCUACCACUUGGAGAAUCUGCCAUCAUAACUUCUAGUACACCCAUCUUUGUGACAGUCGGAGCUUGGUUGUUUCUUCAUGAACCAUGUGGUAUCUUCCAGUCUAUUGUUGUAAUUUUCACUGUCAUAGGUGUAAUUUUUACGACUAUGCUACCAAACCAAUUCAUAGGAAAAGAUGUUAUUUACAAUAAAGAAAACAUUUAUGGUCUCCUGGCAGCUUUUGGAGUACUUCUAUGCAGAACGUUUCAAAUUCUUUUCGUCAGAAAAGCAAAGAAAGUGCACCAUUCAGUGAUGAUGUUCAAUUUUGGCUGGGUGACUAUUAUCGAGGGUUUGAUUUUGCUGCCGCUAUUAACAGAUUUCAAAUGGCACGAAUGUGGUACACAGUGGAUUUACAUUCUAUUGAUUGGAAUAUGCAGUUUUUGCGGCCAAACAUUCCAAAAUUUAUCUCUGAAGUGUGAAUUUGCGGGCUCAGUUUCUACCAUGAUGGCUGCAGUAAAUAUUACUCUUUCAUUUUUGUUGGAUCUAUUCUUCUUUCAAGGUAUUCCUGACUCUUUCAGUAUAAUCGGUGCUGUGAUAGUGGGACUAUGCAUUAUUUUUUCAGGCCUGAGAAAGUGGGCUUCUACUCUACCUGAGAACUCAUUGCAACACAAGAGGUUUAAAUGGAUUUUAAUUUAAAAGAUUCAAUGAAUAAAUAAUUUCUUUUUGAAGUACAAGAAAGCGACUGAUAUUUGCAUAAAUCGUAAGCAAUACAAUAUAAAUUUAAUUCAAGCACCUGCAAUAUACUAUUCAUUGAAAUAGUUCCGAAAAAAGAGCUGUAAAAGACAAGUGAUUGUAAAUGAUAACAUAUUAAAAAGAAAAAAAUCACGAAAUAUCAUGUAAUGCACAUGAAUCUAUCGUCAUGUUGUUUGUGUGCCAAAUGAUGUCGGGGUUCAUAUUUGCUAGUUUACGAAUAUAUAUCAUAUAAAUGAGGUUUCUCAAGUAAUUCAACAUCAGAAAUUAUAAAAUUCCAAAUCUAAUAACAGGAAUGAAAGUGGGAAUGUGCGACUAAUACAAGAUUUUUGCGAAGUAUUUUGAAAAAUUAAAUGCUGACCGGGUUGGAAAAUAAGUAAAAGAGUUAUUAGAGUUUGUUAAUGAGCUAUAUUUUCUUGCUGCAGCAAAGGACUAACGAAGAACUGUAAUAUAUUACGAUAAAGUUGUACGUUAACUGAAUAUCCUUGUUUGCUGUGGAUUCUUUCUUCAAAAAUAUAGAAACCCAUCAAAAUUUUUGUUACGAAUCCAAUUCAAAAUUUAGUUUUAGAGUAAGCAAGGUUAGAUCUUAUGUAGUCUUAAAAAAGUGAUGGGAACUGUUUUCUUUCUUCAUUGAGCUGCUAUGUCUGUUUUUAUGUCUUUGAAAAUUCUUGUGGGGGAAAAUAUGUCUUAUCAUUUACGAUAUUUUCCAGAAAUAAUUAUCGUGUACCUGAAAUCUUUAUAAUAUUCUAAAAGUUUAUGCCUCAUUAAUAAAUGUACCAAAAAUUGAAAAGUAAUUGGUAACUCUGAAUCUUGCGAAAAAUACGGUACAACACAUUUUACACUUGGAUAGGUUAAAUCCCCUUGUCUUGUUGCAACUAGAGUGCAAAUGAUUGCUAACCCAUUCUAAUUGGUCAGCAGUAAGCGUGAACUAGGUUGGAUGUUUAUUUAUCAACAGUAAAAACAACAUUGCAAUUCAAUCCGCCUUGUUGUUGUUACUGAUUCAUAUCUAAUUUUUGAUGCAAAUACAUUGACAUACUAAAAGUUUAUGUAAAUAUUUGUACUAUUAAAGCAUCCUUUCUAUCUAUAUAAAAUCCAUACUUAAAAUUCUAAAUUUAACUCUAGCAAAUCGAUAAACUUCUUACUUUUUUGAAUUAUUUGCAUUGAAACAAAAUGGAGAAAAGUGAGAAGCAUCCAGAAACUUGAAUCCAUUUUUCAGACAACGUAGUUAUCAGAUGAUUUGUUCAUAGACAUUUGAAAUAAUAACACUUUAAUUCCAUUUCAAGAGUUAUUAAAGAAAAAUACUAUUCUUUUUAUAAGAGUAUACAUUAUUUAUGACCAAUUUGUUUGGGUUAAGACCUUUGGCUAUUAAAAAAAUACAACUCUUGAAAAAUCUUUAGAAUUACGUCUGUAUUUCACUGGCUUUUUAUAACUAAUUUACCUUUCCAACUGUUUUUUGCUUUGUUGAUUGCUAUUUGCAUUCCAUUCGCCACUAUGCUAACUGUAUUUAUACGCUACAACUUGUUUUAAAUUUUAUUAUUUUCGUAAAAGUAGAAUUCCAGUUCUAUUUUCUGUUUCCUUUCCAUUUAAUUCUAAUGAAUGAAAGUAUACGAAACUUAGAUAAUCUACUUUAUUUCAAAUAUUCAGUGGUUCAAAUAUUCAUUGUUUGUUCAGUGGUUCAAAUAUUCAUUGUUUGUUCAGUGGUUCAAAUAUUCAUUGUUUGUUCAGUGGUUCAAAUAUUUAUUGUUCGUUCAGUGGUUCAAAUAUACAUUGAGGACAAAUUGUUUUAUGUAAUUAUUUUUAUGAACUGCAACUCGUUUCGAAAUUGUGCAUUAUUUUUAUGUUAAUGGACGCUCCCGAAAAUAUAUCACACCCUCAGGAUUUUUUUUUGUCUUUCUAUUUGAAUCCUAAUGAAUCAUAAUCAUUUCAAAUUUAAUUAAUCUGUUUCAUCUAAAAUAUUUAAUGUUUCAAGUAUUUUUGAGGAUAAAAUGUUACCAUGUGUUGCAAUUUGUUUCAAAAUUGUGUAAGUUCCUUAAUGUUAACCCCUUAACCAUUAUGUCCGAGUGUAAUUUAUGCAUUGUUUUAUUUUAUUUUAAGUGCGAUUUAAAAUUAUUAUUCAUAUACGUUAUAAUUCCGUUUAAAUUGAUGCCUAAUCCAUAAAAUCUCUUCUACAAAUUCGUAUCUGAAUAAAUACCACAAAUUUCCAUAGCAAAAGGUGUCAUCUCAUUAAAUAAUAAAAGAAACAACGCACAGUUAAGGAAUUAAUGAAUCCGUCCGCAACUAUAUUUCCAACUCAGGGAUCAUAUAUUACUUUCCGUUUCAAUCCUAAUAGAACACAAUUAGCUUGCUUCAUCUCAAUU